AUGGACAAAAAUCUUAGAUCUCUGUGUGGAGUGUUCAAAAUAUUGACACUUCCUUUCUGCUUAAUAUAAUGCUGGGUUUGCUCGCGCUUUUCCAAUGGAAAGAAUUGGAAAAUAAGUUUUAUUUGUAUCUAUAUAAUCCUCCUUCCCAUCAGUCCAGUUCCUAUCCCUAUCACUGACGGCGGGGUGGAAGGGAAUCUUUGUAGUCCAUGCAUCCGAGAUAUUAAAUGAACAGUCUUUAAAACCCCAACCUUUGGCCCAAUGAUGUACGCUGUAGGCUGUCGUUUUUAUGUGCUAUUUUCAAGUAUAUAGUUUGGAUUAUAUAUAGAUAUAGCAAAACUUUAUGAAGCGCUAGUAGCUCCAAAUCAAUACCCACUUCAUUUUGAAGACGAGGUUAGCUAUGGAAAUGGAUGCUCUGAACCAAUCAACUCUUGAAAUUGAGGGUUCUAAAACCAGAGGAGUUGAUAAUUGUGAUGAGAUGGAAACAGAGGAGCAGGUGGAAGAGCUGUAUUCAUCAACUCCUGUUCCCAAAUGGACCCAUCAGCUCACCAUUCGUGGGUUAAUUGUAAGUGGGAUAAUUGGUACAGUAUUUGCUGUAACAAUUCACAAAUUGAUGUUCACAGUAGGGGUGAUUCCAAUCUUAAAUAUAUCAGCUGGUCUGUUUGGAUAUUUCUUCAUCAGGCUCUGGACAUCCUUGCUGUCCAGCCUUGGAAUUCACAGCAAGCCAUUCACUAGACAGGAAAAUACUGUUAUACAGACAUGUGUGGUCUCAUGUGCUAGUAUUACAUUCAGUGGGGGAUAUGGGCUUUACUUGACUGGCAUGGAUGAGCAAACCUAUAAAGUGGUUGGGAGGGAGUAUCCUGGAAAUAGGGCUGAGGAUGUCAAAAAUCCAGCAUUGGGUUGGAUUUUUGCUUUCCUAUUUGCUAUCAGCUUCCAGGGUAUCUUUGUGCUGGUUCCUCUGAGAAAGAUCAUGAUUAUAGUGUGCAAACUUACAUAUCCAAGUGGUACUGCCACAGCCACACUGAUCAAUAGUUUCCAUACUCCCAAGGGCUCUAUUUUAGCCAGGAAACAGAUCAGUUGUCUAUUGAAGUGCUUUAGCAUCAGCUUUCUAUGGAGCAUGUUCAAGUGGUUCUUCAGUGGAGGUGGAGAAGCUAUUUGUGGAUUUGACAACUUUCCUAGUCUUGGAAUGACAGCAUUCACAAACACCUUCUAUUUUGAUUUCUCAUUACCACUUAUUGGAAGUGGUAUGAUAUGCCCACUUAUAGUAGACUGCUCUGUUAUGUUUGGUGCAAUUAUCUCCUGGGGUGUUAUGUGGCCUCUAAUCCACAAGCGUGCAGGAGAAUGGUACCCUGCAGACUCUGGAAGCAAGAAUUUCCAGGGCUUGUUUGGAUAUCAGGUUUUCUUUUCAGUUGCCAUGAUUCUUGGGGACGGGCUCUACAACUUUGUGAAGAUUUGGGUACUUACCAUCAAAUCUAUAUAUAGUGUACGAAAAAACCUAAAUAAUCACAAUAGAGGUAGUGCUGGUUAUAAUGAAGACCUUUCACCAGAGGAGAAGAAAAGGAAUUAUGUAUUUUUGAAGGACACAAUCCCUCUCUGGGUGGCUGCAAGUGCCUACGUGUUCUUCUCUAUUAUGGCAACAAUAGUAGUACCCAUCAUCUUCCCUUCCCUAUCCUGGUACCAUAUAUUAACCUGCUUUAUAGGAGCCCCAAUUCUUGCUUUCUGCAAUGCAUAUGGUGCAGGGGUAACAGAUUGGAACUGGGAAACAGCAUAUGGGAAUUUGGGCUUGUUUAUCUUUGCAGCUUGGGUAGGGAAAGAGGAAGGGGGAGUUAUUGCAGGAUUGGCAGCCUGUGGUGUGAUGCUCAACAUAGUUGGAAGUGCCUCUGAUUUGAUGCAGGAUUUCAGGACUGGUUACCUCACACUCUCAUCUCCAAGAUCAAUGUUUGUAAGUCAGUUGGCAGGGGCUGCAAUGGGUUGCAUAAUAGGUCCUCUCACUUUCUGGCUACUUUGGCAGGCCUAUGACAUUGGUGAUCCCAAUGGGCUCUAUAGAGCACCAUUUGCUGUGAUUUAUAGAGAGAUGGCCAUAACUGGUGUGCAAGGUGUUUCUUCGUUGCCCAAAUACUGCUUGUCAUUCAGUUGUGCUCUCUUUGCAAUCUCCAUUCUCAUAAGCUUUGCUCGUGAUAUUCUUCCCAAUAGGGUAGCAAGAAUGUUACCCAUUCCUAUGGCUAUGGCCAUCCCCUUCUACUUAGGAGCAUACUUGGCUAUUGAUAUGUUUGUUGGAGGUCUAAUAGUAUAUGUUUGGAAUAGGUUAAAUGCAAGUAAGGCAAAGAUAUUUGUACCUGCAGUGGCAUCAGGAUUUAUAUGUGGAGAUGGAGUAUGGGUCAUUCCUGCUUCAAUUUUGGCUCUUGCCAAAAUCACUCCUCCUCUUUGCAUGAUGUUUGUUUCGUCCAAGCAAGCUCCAUCUCUUCAAGACUAACCCGAGGGAAAUUUCGUAUAAAAGGUUGGCAAACA